CGUUUCGGAGCUACAGUUUGGUUGACUUCGUCUACUUGAGUACAUAAGCAGUAACUAAACGGUGCUUACAACAAUAUGAAGAUUUUCGUUUGCCUCUUUGCCUUAGUUGCCACAUCACAGGCUGGAUUUUUGGGUCUAGGUGGUGGCGGUGGUGGUGGAGGCUACAGUGGCGGUGGUGGCUACAGUGGCGGUUAUAGUGGUGCCAGCUCAUACAGCGGUGGUGGUUACAGCUAUGGUGGCGGCGGCGGUGGCCAUUCAUCAGGUGGCAGCAGUGCUAUAGUGAAAGUUAUUAGUGAAGGUGGCGGCGUUGGUGGUGGUCAUGGUGGUUAUAGCGGCGGUGGUGGCGGAUUUGACGGCGGUUUCGGUGGUGGCCAUUCAUCUGGCGGUAGCAGUGCUGUAGUGAAAGUUAUUAGCGAAGGCGGCGGCGUUGGUGGUGGUCAUGGUGGUUAUAGCGGCGGUGGUGGCGGAUUUGAUGGCGGUUUCGGUGGUGGCUAUGAUGGCGGCUUUGCUGGCGGUCAUGGUGGCGGUGGUGGUCAUGGUGGCAUCUCCGGUGGUUAUGGCGGUUUCUCUGGUGGACAUGGCGGUGGUUAUUCCGGUGGUCAUUCAGGCGGUGAAGUCAAAGUAAUUAAAGUUAUUCAUGAAGAUGGUGGUUUCGGUGGUGGUCAUGGCGGUUUUGGUGGAGAUAUUGGCGGCGGUAUCGGCGGUGGUAUUGGCGGCGGUUUUUCCGGUGGUCAUGGUGGUGAUGCUGGCGGUUUCGGCCAUGGCGGUGAAGUUAAGAUCAUCAAAGUAAUUAGUUCCGCUGGUGCUGAUGCCGGUGGCUACGGUGGUGGCUACGGAGGUGGUAUUGGCGGUGGAGUAGGCGGUGGCUGGGCUUCUGGCGGUAGCGUUGGAGGUGGUUGGGCCGCCGGUGGCAGUUCUGGUUGGGAUUAAGUAAGUUUCUUGAUCUAGUCCAUCAUCAAACAUCGUGUUGUUUAUGCGUUUCACUUGUACAUAAUACAUAAACUAUUUUAUUCUUCGUACUGAUAACUUAGCUAUAUUAACGAAAUUAACUAAAAGCCACAAGUAUAUUUAAUAGAAAAUAUGUUGCGGUUACCA